GCAAGUAGAUGGCGUCUGACUACAGUCCACUAUCUUCUACUUAGAAAGCUGAGUCACACAACGGGGCGCCGUGGUAACGGUAACAGUAAGGGAGCUGUGUGUACGUCUCUUAGAAAGCCUAUCAAUAUUUAUCUUUCUUUUGAAGAUGUUGACGAUCACGCUGAAAACUCUCCAGCAGCAAACAUUUAAAAUACAGAUAGACGAGGAGCUGACGGUGAAAGCCCUGAAGGAGAAGAUUGAGGCAGAGAAAGGGAGGGACACAUAUCCAGCCUCAGGACAGAAGCUCAUCUAUGCAGGUAAAAUCUUAAACGAUGACAUACCCUUGAAAGAGUACAAAAUAGAUGAGAAGAAUUUCGUUGUGGUGAUGGUAACAAAGCCAAAACCAGCAGCGGCACCACAGCCUCCUGCUCAAGCGGCACCUGCUCCUGCUGUAGUCAGUGCUCCACUGCCCGAUGUUACUCCCUCCACCCCUGCCCCUGCACCUGCCUCCGCCCCUGCUGCAGCACCUGCCCCGGCUCCAGCUCCGGUUGUGGCUCCGGCACCAGCUCCAGCUCCGGCUCCAGCUCCAGCUCCAGCUCCAGCUCCUACACCCACCUCCUCUGUAGAACAUCCGGCUCCUGAGACAGCCCCUGCUGCCUCUGCCACCCAGGCAGCACCAGCAGCUGGGGAAGCUCCAGCUGUGGCGGCCUCCACUGUCCCGGAUGCCCCUGCGGAGGAGAAGCCCAGGGAGGAGCCACAGGAACAAGCACUACCCACCCCGCCAGCCCUCUCCUCUUCCAGCAUUGCAGAUGAUCUGAGCCUUUUAGAAGAAGCAGCUUCAAUACUAGUUACAGGACAGGCUUAUGAGAAUCUGGUGACAGAAAUAAUGUCCAUGGGGUAUGAAAGAGAGCAAGUCAUUGCAGCACUACGAGCAAGUUACAAUAACCCAGACAGAGCAGUGGAAUACCUGCUCAUGGGCAUUCCUUCUGAGCCUGAUAUGCCACCCCGAGAGGCAGCUCACCCUCCUCCGGCGUCAAACCCUGCUGCUCCUGCUACAGAAAGACCCCAGCCACCCCCAGCAGCAAGCAGCACAGUGUCCUCCACCUCGUCGCCGGCACCCGGCAACCCCCUCGAGUUCCUGAGGAAUCAGCCGCAGUUUCAGCAGAUGAGACAGAUCAUCCAGCAGAACCCAGCACUCCUGCCAGCCCUCCUUCAGCAGCUGGGCAGAGACAACCCCCAGCUGCUCCAGCAAAUCACCCAGCACCAGGAGCGAUUUGUACAGAUGCUGAAUGAACCCCAUGGAGGAGAGCUGGGAGGAGAAGGAGCAGAGGGUCAGGGGGUGGCACAGACAAACUACAUCCAGGUCACCCCACAAGAGAAGGAGGCCAUUGAAAGGUUAAAAGCCUUGGGAUUUCCAGAGGGACUGGUCAUUCAAGCCUAUUUUGCAUGUGAGAAAAAUGAGAAUCUUGCUGCUAACUUCCUGCUUCAGCAAAAUUUUGACGACGAGUGAUCAGGUGCCAGGAGGAGAAGAGUGGAGGGGAACGAGAGAAAAAGAAAAAAAGAGUGCUGUGUGCAUUGCAAGGGCUGGGAAGGGUUUACAAAUGUGGCUGGUCCUUCGGAAUGCUUUUCACAGGACAAAGCCAUGAUAUGAAGUAUUCUUCAGUGUGAGCAGCGCCUGAUCCAUUCUUCUGAGAUGAUUCAUCAUUCACUGCGCGCUAUGUUUCACUGCUGCUGUACCUGCUGCUUGUGCUGUGUGUGUCUUUAGAUUUACAGUGGCAGUUUAUUUUCUCUUAUCAGUUUCCUUUUUUAUCCCUACACAACCGGUAACAUACAGGUUUAAUUUGUUUGUUCAUGGUUUGUAUUUGGGUCUUGCUCAGCCCAUAUGGGAAAGCUAUGCCCACAGUGUGAUCACAGAAAUGAACAUGAAACAACAGCUUACCAGCAGAGAAAUGACAAUCGUACUCUGGACAAAUACACACAUAUUUUUAUGGCCACGAAUGUCUGUUUGAAGUGUGUGCCAUUCUGGCCAGUUCACACCUUGCUAGUUUGCAUUAGGC